UUAGUCUCAACUUAGAUGGCUAACGUGAAACACACUGAAAACACCGAAACAACUUUAUUCGAGAUUUAAAGAAAUUACAACGAUCGUAGAGAAAAUUUAAGAACUUUUUUGUUUGAAGACAAUUUAUCCAAUUGAGAACAAAAUUUAAAAAUAAAUCAACAUAUUAAUAAGAUGACGGAAUUGACUCCUGUUCAGCAAUACUACAAAGGCAAGACAGUGUUUAUCACUGGCGCAACGGGGUUUGUGGGUAAAGUUUUAUUGGAAAAACUUUUGUACUCCUGCAGUGAAUUGAGAGAAAUCAUAAUUAUAUGCCGUGCCAAGAGGGAAAAAAGUCCCCAAUUACGUUUGGAGGAAAUGUGGAAAAUUCCUAUUUUCCAACGCAUUAAAGAUGAAAAGCCUGAGAUGUUGAAGAAGGUUACGCUAUUGGAGGGUGACAUAGCACAUGAGUUUUUGGGCCUAUCUAAGCAGAAGCUCGAAUAUGUCGCCGAACACACCAACAUAGUUUACCACGUGGCUGCCUCUUUGAAAAUGCAAGGGCCUCUUUCUGAAUCGAUAGACAUGAAUUUAGCUGGAACCCGUCGUGCCCUUGAUCUUGCCCGAAAAAUGAAGCAUCUCGAGAGUUUUGUUUAUGUAUCAACAGCCUUUUGCAAUUGCGAUCAAAAUAUUGUCGAAGAGCAGGUCUAUGAUUUUCCCCACAAACCCGAGGAUUUAAUGCGUCUGGCCGAAUGGUUGGAUGAGAAGACCUUGAAUAGUAUAAAGGAUGAUCUAAUUCACCCACAGCCUAAUAACUACAUUUACACCAAACGUCUGGCGGAAUUGUAUGUGCGUGAUCAGUAUGAGCAAAUGCCAGUGGCCAUAGCCAGGCCGUCUAUAGUGACCAGCAUUUAUAAAGAUCCCAUACCAGGUUGGAUAGACAAUUACAAUGGUGUUGUUGGCAUUAUGAUUGCCUCUGGCAAGGGUGUACUUCGUUCGUUGAUGUGUGACAAAAAUGCGGAAAUUGAAGUUGUUCCAGUUGAUGCAGUGAUCACAGGAUUGAUAGUCAUUCCAUAUUCAAUAAAUACACAAAAAGAAAGGCCCUCCGAAAUACCUGUCUUCAAUUUAACACAACCCAAACAUCUGCAAAGAACUUGCACUUGGAUAAUGGAACAUGCGAAACGUUUCAAAGACGAAUAUCCUCUCAAAGCCGUGUGGCAUCCAAAUACAACAUUUACCAUGAACAUUUACUACCAUUGGUUCAAUGUCAUAAUGUUUAUGUUUUUGCCCGCACUGUUUUUGGAUAUGUUGCUGACACUUUGUGGCCAAAGGAGAUUUAUGAUGCGGGUACACAGACGUAUUGUGGCUGGAAUUAGUGUGCUGCAAUUCUUUACCACCAGAAAGUGGAAUUUUAAAAUUGAUAAAUAUUUGGAAAUUUGCGAUAAUUUGGUUCCAGAGGAUAAAGAAAUUUUUCUAACUCCCCAAGAACUAAAAGACACAGAAGCUUAUUUGUACCGUUCCUGCAUUGGCGGACGUCAAUAUUUGUGUAAAGAGCCCCUUAGUAAUGUAGCCAGGGCCAGGGUGGUAGCAAAAAUCUUGUUCAUUUUGGAUCGCUUUUGUAAAAUAGUUUUAUGCAGUUUAAUCUUCUAUUGGCUGGCAAAUACUUUGGGACUAGUCGACUAUGUACGAGCCAUUGAUCCUUUACACUUCUUUGUAGCUGUUAAAUAAUUUAGGUGUUUUAUACAACCAUAUACUAAUUUUUGGUUCUAAUUCUAUUUAUUUAAGUUUACCUAAACUUAACAUUAAAUUGCACAUACACCGAUUUAAUUAAUUAGUUAUAUAAGGCUGGUUUUUUAAAUAAAAUGUUAAGAGUUUGUUAAAUGUUA